UACUAUAGACGCUAUCAAUUGCCUCCUAUCCAACCACAUGGAAAGACUUAGCACUCGCUCUAAUCACUGGAAUCUAACCGGAUGGGCUUAGCUUAGGCCUCCAUGGCCCUCACACUGUAUGGUAUGGCUGUAACCCGGGCGCUUAUCUUGUGAAUGGCCAUACUUUCUAUUUUAAUUAAAUACUCAUAAACGGCUUUUGCCCUUUCUCCCGCCGGCUUGAAAGGGACCCUGGAGAAGAAUAAAUGGCUGAGUGGAAACUUACCACUAAAAUAUAUAUAUUAUUUUUUUGCAUUAAGGGGAGGCCAAGGCCAAGACAAAGAAAGCGUUACAGGGAGUACAUGGAAGAGUAAGGAGAGUGAGAGGGAGCUACAAUCUGUCGAGGCAAAGUUACCCCCAUCAUAUCAUCAGUAAUGAUCGUAGACAGACCUGGUGGCGGGUUUGCAAGCUCAUGAACACCGCAGGGAUAGACGAGACUGUGCUUCGAGAGCCAGUCUGCGACUCUUUUCCCUUCCCGGUAAACAUGAGUAAUGCUCACCAGCCACUCUUGGCUCAACUUCCUGCGAAUAACCGAGAGGAGCGUCGCAUGGGGAUGCAUCGGAUCAAUUCUAGAGCUAAUCAGCUGAGUGGCAAGCUCCGAGUCCGUCACGACCCAAAGUGCCCUACAACCUGACUUCCAAACUAUGUCCAACCCAUAAUGAAAAAAUUGCCCCCCACCGGUGCGUCUCCUCUCUCUCCCCCUCUAGUGCCGCCGGAUUUUGAGCUUCUUGUCUUUUUCUGGCCCAAAAUUAAACCCAAAUUUUAGCUCAAUUGAAACUUUUGUAUCUUUAGAAUCACACUAAACUAGUUUUGGUUCAAUUUUUUGAAAUUUUAGAACUAUAUUUCAUCGAUAAACACUAAGGUGGUCUUACAUCUCCACCUAGGAGAAGGAAAUGGGCCACAUGCCCAUUGUUGUGCAUUAAUUGUUUGGCUCCUUCCGUUGCAUUUAAUUAGACUCAAUUGCACAUUUUCUUAUCACUAUAUUUCAUUGAUAAACACUAUGUUUGGCAACAAGGGGUGCAAAUUCGAGGGUGGUGCAAGUUGAGAGGUAAAUUGCAGGAAGGUGCAAAUUAUUGGGGUGUAAGUGGAGAGAUAAAUUGUUGUUUGUAAGAAAAAGUAGGGGGUGCAAAUAGAGUAAAAAGUAAGUAUUUUA